CACACAACUACAACAUUUUAAACAAUAGCAAGAGGAGAACGGAAAGUAUAUAUGAGGAAGGAAGAUUGUCUACUCUUUAGUGUACUUCAGGCUCAGGAUACUUCGAGACUUGUAAGAGACUCCAACCAACAUGUGCGACGACGACGUAAGCCCCCUUGUGGUUGACAAUGGCUCCGGCAUGGUCAAGGCCGGUUUCGCCGGAGACGACGCCCCUCGCGCCGUCUUCCCCUCCAUCGUCGGCCGCCCCCGUCAUCAGGGUGUGAUGGUCGGCAUGGGUCAGAAGGACGCCUACGUCGGCGAUGAGGCCCAGAGCAAGAGAGGUAUCCUGACUCUCAAGUACCCCAUCGAGCACGGUAUCAUCACCAACUGGGACGACAUGGAGAAGAUCUGGCAUCACUCCUUCUACAACGAACUCCGUGUUGCUCCUGAGGAAUCUCCCGUCCUCCUCACUGAGGCUCCCCUCAACCCCAAGGCCAACCGUGAGAAGAUGACCCAGAUCAUGUUCGAGACCUUCAACACACCCGCCAUGUACGUGGCCAUCCAGGCCGUGCUGUCCCUGUACGCCUCUGGUCGUACCACUGGUAUUGUGCUCGACACUGGUGAUGGUGUGACCCACACUGUCCCCAUCUACGAAGGUUAUGCUCUUCCUCAUGCUAUCCUUCGUCUCGACUUGGCUGGCCGUGACCUUACCUGCCUUACCUGA